UCUUGUUAGACUUGUGCAUCUUGUAAUUGAAUUCCUCUGCUUGGAGCUUUUUGGCCUAUGUGGCCUUCUCCCAAAAGUUUCUCAAGAGAAAGAAUGUGAUUCAUCAUUUGAUGUGGUUGAAUGUGAUUGUAACAAAGCUUCUUCAAACAUGGAGGUGCAUUAUGACUCUACGUCUGAAAGUCCUGUAAACAUGUACUCCUUUGUGGCAGCAGAUCGCUUGCACAUUAUGUCAUCUUAAGAUUUUCUCCUAUGUAGGUUCAGAGUAGAAAUAAGCUAUAUAGAUUUUGUUAUCUUAAUUUCUUUAGAGACAUGAGAAAAUUGUUAGUGCUUUCAAGAUCAUAAUUGAUAAGUUUAUGAAAAUAAUUAUUUAAAUAUUGU